GUCUAGUGGGAGGAAUAAUGUCCAGUGAUGGUGGACAUAUACUUGAAUAAUGACUUAUGGAUAAUGACCAAUGGUCCUACAUUGGGAAAUAAAAACAUAUGGUCCUAGAUUGAGAAAGGCAUUAUGUUUUAGUCCUAUUUAGGAUGGUUCUACUGCCAAAAAAGUACCCACAUCAGAUAUCAUGCAGGAUCAUCCAGUGAUGCCAGAUUCGUCAUGUCACAAUAUUAGUAGUGGUGAAGAGACGGCCGAACUGGAUAAUGGUACAACCACCAGGUUACCAGGUGAUACUCUUGCUUUGUCCUCUGUGGAGAAUGUGGAUUCACCAAGCUUAGGCAUUGUGUCAGUUGAUGAUGCUGAGCUGACAAGGCAAGAUAAAGCUGCAAGAAAGGCACAAGCAGUCUUUAGGGGUUAUUUGGCUCGCCGUGCUUUCCGAGCUCUUAAGGGAAUCAUAAGGCUACAAGCACUUAUCCGUGGACACUUGGUUAGGAGGCAGGCAGUUGCUACAUUGCGUUGCAUGCACGCAAUUGUUAGAUCCCAGGCCUUGAUUCGUGGACGGAGAGUUAGACUUUUAAGUCCUGUUUGUCAGGGUUUUGGAAGCUACACAUUAAGAGAAAAAAAGGAUACUAUGCAGGCGGAGUUAAGUAUCACAAGUGUUUCCCUAAGGACUGAAAAACUAGCAGCUAAUGCAUUCGUGUGCAAGCUUCUUGCUAUAGUGCCAACAGCUAUGCCCCUGAGCCUUCAGUAUGAUGUGAGUGAGCCCAAUUCAGCUUGGAACUGGCUUGAGCGCUGGUCAUCAUCUCGCUUUUGGGCACCACUUCCCCGGCCAAAGAAGAAUCUCAAUCCAAAAUCUCAAAGGAAGCACAGUGCACUUAACCUUGAGGCAGAAUCUGGUAGACCAAAACGAAGUGUCAGAAAGGUUCCCAUGGCAUCCAAUGUUGACAAUCAUGGAUCGAGUUCCGUGGAUUUUGAAAAACCUAAACGUGUUCCUAGGAAAGUCAUAAACCAUCAGACAGAAACAUCACAAGAACAACCUCAGGCUGAACUAGAGAGGGUAAAACGGAACUUAAGAAAAGUUUCUGCGUCGUCUGUGACAGUGACUUCUGAAAAGACAGAUGUAGAAAUUGAGAAGGUGGUCCAUCCCGCCCCUUCUGAAAUGCCAAAAUCAUUGUCUGACCCCUCUGAGGCUGGUGAACAAGCAGUAGUUGAUUCUUCAGACCUGACAACUGACCCUAAGGUUGGAUCUGAAGAGUUGGCAGUGAUUGAGCCUCCACCAAAACCCGAUACAGCUGACAAUAAUACCCCUUCUGAGCGUUUGCUGCCUGAAAAUGGCGAGAAGGGUGAGACGCUACCCAUUGUCACGGAGGAACUUAGUUCCAAGGAAGAUCAAAGUGGAAAAGAAGGCCAGAGGAGUAGGAGGAGGAGAUCUCUUCCAGCAAAGCAAGAGCAUACUGAGAAUAUUUCACAAAAUACACCAAGCUUGCCUAGCUAUAUGGCAGCAACUGAAUCUGCAAAGGCUAAGCUUAAAGCACAGGGGGCUACCAAACCAAAUGAAGAUGAUGCUGAAAAUGGUUAUACGAGACGGCAUUCUCUUCCUUCGUUGACCAAUGGAAAGUUGAAUGCACUGUCUCCUCGGAUGCAGCGGCCGGUUCAACCAACUGGCAAAGGUGGAAACAAAACCAUCAAAUCAGUGCCCUCCACUAGGGAUGAAAAGGGGCUUCAGCCUGGUUGGAGGAGAUGAGCUCAAGAAAAAAACUUGCCGGAGUGGAGGUAGUGCAUAUGAGGCUGUUUCAUUUGUUUGUGAAAUCUGUGGUGUAAAAGAUUAGAUUCGGAUUAAUGUAAUUUGUGUCACUCCCAAGCUUNGGGAUGUAUAGCGAUGGACUCCCAGAGAGUGUCAUUUUACAGUUGUGUGCAAUUUCUUUUCCUUUUUUUUUAAUUCUCUGAUUUGUAACUUGCAGAUGGUUGACUCAUUUGUAUGUUGCUACAAGUUUGAUGUGUGCUUUGUUGUGGUAGCUUUU